AAAUAAAACUGUUUUUAAAUUUUUCGAAGUUUAACUGUAGGAAUUUAAUUCCCAACAAAGUUAUAGUUAAUAAAUAAUACUUAAAAAAAGCUCUAUUUUUUAAAUAGAUAAAAAUCGUUUUAGUUGAAGAGUUAAAGAUCUUUUUUGCGAUUUUUCUUUCAAUCUUAAUUGAAACGUACGUAAAAAAUUCAAUCAAAAACGUAAGGACUGUAUCAUUAUAAUUUAAUGUACAUAGCUGUUAUAUAUACACAAAAAUCAAUAAACGCGGAGGCGGAAGGGCAAAGUUUCAACAACGUGAACGAACAUGUGAAACACCUCCGGGAGAAAGACGUUGUAUCACGCAAUCAAGCGGUCUGCAUGGAAAAUACAAGAUGAAUUUAAUUAACGCAUACCCCAUAAGUAUGCUGCACUGUCGAGACCACAAUACUUCCCUCAUCGCAUGCAAUCCUCCCGAUAAAAUUGGCACAAGACACGAAGAGCAUUCACUAAAGGACCAUUGAGAGAAUGCAAAGAUCUUCUUAACUGAUAAAAGAUAGUGCUUUAUAUCGUACCGUAUACUGAAAUCUGAAAUUGUAUCUUUACGUUUUUCAACCUCUUUUGCAUGAAUUGGCGCUUUGUCGAAUUAAGCCUCGAUUUUUGAAUUCUAGAAUUCUCGAAUCGUCACUUUUUAAAUUGACCGCUAUAUUUAAUCGAAUUUUUUUUAAUUCUCUUAAUCGCAUUUUGAUUAUUCCAAAAUUCUUUAUCUCAAAAAAUUCAGAGAACAAUUAUGAAUCAGUUCCAGAUGUGAUUUUUUUUAAUGCUAUAAUUUUUAAAUUCUUAUACUCAUCCAUUUCAUCCAAAUUAAAUUAUUAGUUUCUUAAUUAAUUAAUUAUUUGUAAUUUAUGACUUAAUUAUGGAUUUAAUUUAAUUAUUCUAAAAUGCCAUUCUAAUACGUGUAUAUUAUGGAUUCUUGAUCAUCAGAUCUAGCGAUUGACAAAUGAUAAUCGGCGAGAGAUUAGCUUCUAUUUCCACCGGCUUGCAUACUUUACGAGUCGCUCUCGUCUUUACUGACUUGCAUUAAGAGUUCAGUGCACCGUAAGCGCAUCGUCGACGACUUGGAAUAAGAAUAAGCCGAAUCUCUCUAUUGAUUCACCUGGAAACCAAAUCGAUAUCCGUACGAGGCACAGGCGCUCACUUCGUUACGGAUCAGCCAACUAUAUCCUUGAAUCGUCCGCUAAUUUGUCGCCCGUUUGACAAAUCUGUCAAAUCCUACGGUCUUGAAAAUAAUCUUUGCCGAGAAAAAGAUUGCGAAUGAUGCUGUGAUUUUGUGAAAGUGCGCAGAGAGAAAAAAAAAUGGCGUUACGGAACAUUGCAUUUGUUAAACUAAUAAAGCUUAAGUUUAACGAUAAAUUAAUCCUCGUUCAAUUUGGAGAAAUUUUUCAGUAAAAAAGUGCGUGAAUACUUUUUAUUCGUAUAAUAAAAUUGACAGAUCAAUAUUUUGAAUUGUUUUAAAAAGUGAUAGGAAAUUAACGUCUCAGAUUGUAGUAAUGAACAAGAAAGGUAAUCCGUCGUUGGGAGAUGAGAACUUGGAGACUUCCAAAGGCCCUCAAGAGCCGGAUGUUUCAAAGGAGGCAGAGGGGAAACCCGUGUUUCGCAAGUACCGCACGAAGCACAUGAAACUAUUUCCGGAAUUAUAUCGAAGCGAUGUCUCGAUACAUCCCAGUUACACCGGCUUGAAACUCUUGCCUUAUAACGUGGUCUGCAGGCAGCGUGUGCAAAGGAUUAAGCGACAGUCAUUUCGGCAGCUGAAUCGCGAGAUCACGCACUUUGCCAUGAUCCAAAUGUUUGCUCUCGAUGGUGUGAGGAUCGAUCGCGUGUUCAGCAUUGGUAUGUCGCCGAAGAUGUUGAUUGUGCCAGAUCCGUUGACAGAGAAGGAGAGACGACGACUGAACGAACUUAUUCGAGAACCUUAAGAAAGCUCUUCGUAUACAAUUUCGAUAGAAAUGGAUUAUUCUAUAUUAUACAUACUUAAUUAUUUUAUCAUUUUUUACUUUUAAUUUUGAUUGAUUUAUUUACUUCAACUCUCUUGAUGCCAAGAAGUGGAAACUUUUAAUUUUACAAAUAUCAAUCUGUUAUAAUUAUCUUUUGUAAUUAUACCAAUAAAUUUUUAUCAACAAU